AUGUCUAUUGUUAUUAGGCAUCACUAUGGUUUCGAUUCUAUAAUCAGACUUAGGUUUAAUUAUCGUGCUACGCAUUACAUGGUAAAACGUGGCUUUUAUAAUUUUCUGAAUUGGUUCGAUGAAAGAGCAUGGUAUCCAUUGGGAAGAAUUGUUGGAGGGACGGUAUAUCCAGGAUUAAUGAUUACAUCAGGCUCUAUUCAUUACAUUCUCAAUCUUUUAAACACACCAGUACAUAUAAGAGACAUUUGUGUGUUUCUAGCUCCAAUUUUCAGUGGAAUGACUGCAUUAGCAACAUACUUUUUAACUAAAGAAUUGUGGAAUGAAGGUGCAGGAUUGUUUGCUGCCUGUUUCAUAGCUAUAGUGCCAGGCUAUAUCAGUCGCUCUGUUGCUGGAAGCUAUGAUAAUGAAGGAAUUGCAAUCUUUGCACUUAUGUUAACCUAUUAUCUUUGGGUAAGUACUGAAUUAUGUCAUAUAUAUAUAUAGUUACUUUGCAUUAUCAGAAAUAGUUAGAACAAGCCAAUUAAUUAAACUAUACUAAAUAGAACACAAGAUACAUAAAUAAUCAGGAAUGCAUAAA